GUCGCCUCCAAGAAAAACUAUAUUUUAACCCUCAAGAUUUCGAAACUUCCAUUUCCACCUCAAUCUCAGUUCUCUCUUCCCCGUCUCAACGGAAAGUCUCCAGCUCUCUCUAUUUUUCUCAUCAACAUUUUUUUUCUUUUUUUUUUUUUGCCCUAACUUACAUUGCUUCCUCUCACCAUUAAUCUCUGUCCCACUUUCCUUACAUAACUUAUUUCUCUUCUCAAUUUGCUCCUCAAUACUCCUGUCCCAGAAUAUGGCCUUUGAAAUGCUGUUACUUGCUUUAAUCUGGGGAUUUUCUUCAGCUCCAGUUCAAGGAUUUAUUUUCCUUCUUCAUUCUGCUGGCUAAGUUUGUUCACACAGGAUUUUGAUUUUGUUGCAUGCAAUGGUUUUCUCAUUGGGAUUCAAAUAAAUAAAUAAAUAAAUUCUGAGGUUGACGAUAGCUUGUGGCCUGUGGUUUCUAUGAAUGGAACAGGAGAUGAAAGACUUAAAUCCUGUUAAAUAGCAUCCCGUAGAAUCCUAAAAAUGAUGUUGAAUGGCUUGCAAAGAUAUGUAGACCGUGAACAAGUUUGGCCGGCUUGUUCUAGGAAAGUUCUUCCUUUGUUUUUAUGCAGGUGUUGAAUCUUUCCUUCCAUCUCCAAGACACUGACAAAAGAAUUCAUUUCGCAGCGCCUCUCAUUUCCUUCAUGUCCUCCAUUUCUACUGUCUUCGAGGCGGAAGGAAAUAAUCAGUACUUCUGAACAAGCAACGAUUUGCUAAGACUGAAGAGGAUGAGUCAGGCUGACCAAGGAAUCAGCAGUGAUAAUUUAGUUGAUGUUCCCUUGAAGCGAAAACGUGGUCGUCCCAGAAAAUAUCCGAAGUUAAAUUACGAUGAGAACAUUCUUAUUGCAAAGAAUAGAGGUAAAAAACAUUUGGAGGCUAUUCCUAUUUCUCCUGGUUCUGGAGUAAAUGGAAACCAAUCACUUCCAACAAUUCAAAUCCAAAAUGUAGCUGAUGGGAUGCUGGGACAAGUUGUGUCUGGUGUUAUUGAAGCAGUAUUUGAAGCUGGAUAUCUUCUGUGUGUUAGGGUUGGCAACUCUGGAAUCACUUUGAGGGGUGUUGUCUUUAAACCCGGCCAUUAUGUCCCUGUUUCAGCAGAGAACGAUGUGGCUCCAAAUGUUCAAAUGAUCAGAAGAAACGCAAUUCCUCUUGCUACAGGAAAUCAAGCGCCUGAAGAUAACCCUCAAUCCAAAAAUGGAGAAAUCCCAUCGCAUGAAUCAUCAGGUCUCAAACUGGGGUUUAAAUAUUCACCUCCACAUUCCAGCCGGGAUGCUUUGAAAGACAAUUCUAUAUCAUCUAUAUUCGCCCAAAUUACGCCUUCGGGAAGCUCAAGAGGUAAUGUGGUCCCUGUUGUGCUACAAGCUGCUAAGUUAACUAAUGGACCCUCAGUUCCCACUGAAACGUUGACAAUUCAAACUGUUGAUAUUGAAUCCGCAAAAGGCAAAGAGGUCCUUGUAGGUACUUCUGCCUUGAGCGAAUCAGCUCCCACUAGUGUUACAGUUGGGAUUGAAAACUUCCAACCCCAAACUACCCAACAGGUCUUAAUAAAUGACGUUCAAGUAGAAAAUAGUUCUCAUAACCAAUCCUUGGUAGUGGAAGUGCAUGAUUCCGAAGGUAAAUUGAUGGCAUUGCCUAGCACACCUUUCGAGAGUCUUGUGACUGAAGUGAUCAAGAGAAUUCAAACCCCCUCUCUGACAGCUGAGACACAGAGUGAGGAUAACAAACCAUCUGUUACGAUAUCAGCUAAAGAAUGCCAAGAUGGCUUAGAGGUUGAAGCUAACAUAGCAGCAGAUGGAGCUUUGAUGAUUGAACCCCUAAAAGCAGUACAGCCCCUUAAUGAAAGUUCGGAGCCUAUUCCCAAAGCUCUGGAUGAUGAGUCUAAAACCGGCAAAAUAACCGAGCUGCUACAGGUUUUGCAGGAAAACAUGAUCCAAACUCCGGAGCCAUGGGGCGAAGCACAGAACCCGGGUUUGAUGCUGAAGUCAGAUGAACCUGAAUCAAAAAAGGAGAUUGGAGAUGAAAAAUCUGGUAGCCAAAAGCAAAUCUAAGUAGUUUGUAUGGCAGUAAUAUUUUCCCAUCUUCAGUAUAGAAGGUAUCAUAUGGUGUAUCUGUUUUCUGGGUGCUACCUCACGUCUAAUCCUAACUUAGUGUUGUAGGAUGAUUGUCUAGAAAGUCGCUACAUUUUUCUAGUUGGAUGUUUGGAUAUGGACAACUUCACCUUUGUGAGAGUAAAAUAGCUAAGAGCCUUAAGUUAUAAGGUUUCCAUAGGCAGUUGAAUUUAAUUUAUGAAAAUUUACAGCUUUAAUGCCAA